UCUUCUUUUGUCGAACUGCCGCCCGGAGCGAGGCAUAGGUGCCGCCCGUGGAAAAGUUGGCCCGUGGUGCGACCACGUAAAAAACCCGGAAUGGACAAGACUAAUGUCCUGGUUCCCGUUGCCCUCGAGGGCCGAAGACAGUCGGAUGCUGCAAAGCAUGCCUUACAAGUCAAAUGCUACAGAGCAUGACUUCGCCAAGCCAGAUUGAUCAGUCUGGUCGAAACGAUCGCCGCUAUCGUGCCUAGAAAAGGGCUGCCGCAAGGGCGGCUGACAGGUUAUGAACGCCUUAUGAGCAGUGGUACAACGUUGGUACACGCUCGAUUCUCUGGCCAGAGAAUGACUUACCUCUUCGCUGAGAAGAAGGGAGACUUCCCUAAAUGGAGUCGCUAAUCCUUCGGGAUGUACACACGUAGAGAAUGUUCGAGUAGCAUUGGAGCUCUACGGGCCCAGCCGUGCCGAUCGGCUUUUGAUGGCGCCUUGCGUCUGCUUGACGACUCUGUUGUUUUGUAGCCCUCGGCGUUACAGUCUCGCCAACUUAUCGGCCGCGCCUUCCCUAAGCAUCAACACAACCGUUUGUCUACCCGUCGGCUUAUCUUCGAUUGUCCCUCGUGCUUUACCGCCGUUCCCACAUCGCGAUAUGUCUGUGUUUGAUGUGCUUCUACCGGUGGCCGCUCCUACUUACUGCAUCUGUCUCGAUAUCCUAUGCCUACUAAGGGACUUCCUCUGAGUCGUCAUGGAGAUUAAAUAAUGGUUCGGGGCAUGCUUUGUGCUACCCAUGAGUCUGCUUGAUCUUCGGCAUCAUGAUUGAGAUGGGGGUCCUGGAUAUUCGUACUUAUGCAUUGGAUCGGUUGCCACCAGUUUCAAGCUUUCUAUAAUUGUAUCUCAUCCGUCAC